CGGUCUGCCUACGUGAAACUCUUUUCCUUAGAACGUGAACACUCAGCCACUGGCUUUUCCUUUUGUUUAUCCUGCCUCAAAAUGAAGUUUCCUCAGGCGUUUUAACCAGCGUGUAUUUCCUCGCCUUUUUUUCAGGGUGGGCGCACACAAUCCUCCGAGAUCUGUGCUUGUUGGUCACUCUACACAGGCAGCAGGCAAAUAUUGUUUCACUUUUCAGAUUGGAAACUCUGGAUGCUGCAAGAUUUCGCAAACAAACAAAAAAACGUCUCUUUAAUUUAAAUGUGUGUGCUAAUGUUUUAAAAGCUUGAGUCAUGCGAGUAUCCCUUUGGAAAUACAAGCCGUCUUGAAAAGAAACAAAACAUCUCAUACAGAAAUUACACGCCGUUUCUUUCUGUAUGACUGCUGGUGAAAAUACAUCAACCUGUUUCUGCUGUGGUAGAUUUAAGCACUGCAUUGCUGAGCUACUUUUCUGCAGGGAACCAAAGGAGCAAUUAUGCAAAAAGUUGGACCAAACUUUUGAGGCCAAUCACUGCGGUAACAAAUACUUAUCAAGGUUAAAGAAGUUGAAGAAUUUUAAAGAAGUCCAUUUGGGAUUUACUAUUUAAAGUGGUUGCCAUCGAAAAUAAUAUCAACGUUCCCAAUGCAAUUAUCAGUGCUUUUAGUAAUAGUUCUUGCGAACUAUUGCCAUCAAGGCAUUGAAGCCCAAGGCGGAUCAAUAAAAUCUUUACGAUCUUCAAACAUAAGGCGAGAAGACAGCAAUCACCUCACAGACUUAUACCGGAAAGAAGAUACCAUCAUAGUCUCGGAGAAUGGCUACAUCCAGAGUCCUCGCUUUCCCAAUAGCUACCCAAGAAACCUUCUACUGACAUGGAAAUUGUUCUCUCCGGAAAACACUCGGAUACAGCUUGACUUUGACAGCCACUUUGGCCUUGAAGAGCCGGAAAAUGAAAUCUGUCGAUAUGACUUUGUGGAGGUAGAGGAUGUAUCUGAAACUAGCACAGUUAUCAGGGGGAGAUGGUGUGGACACAAAGAACUUCCUCCUAGAAUCACUUCAAAAACUAACAAGAUAAAAAUCACCUUUAAAUCUGAUGACUAUUUUGUUGCCAAACCCGGAUUUAAAUUGCAUUACUCACUUGUGGAUGACUUGCCUGCAGCAUCAGAAACUAAUUGGGAGGCAGUCACUGUCUCAGUCUCAGGACCAGCUGUGUUUUCUUCUUCAGUAACUGAGUCUCCUCUGACUGCUGCUGCUUUGGACCAGACGAUCGCUGCCUUUGAUACAGUGGAGGAUCUACUAAAACAUCUCAACCCAGAGAGCUGGCAGGAAGACCUGGAUAGUCUUUACAGUGACACAGCGCACCUUAGACCCAGAAGCUUUCACCAUGAACGAAAACAGAAAAUUGAUUUGGACAGGCUGAACGAAGAUGUGAAACGCUACAGCUGCACGCCUCGGAACUACUCUGUAAAUUUAAGGGAGGAGCUGAAGUUGACAAACGCUGUUUUCUUUCCACGUUGCCUCCUGGUACAGCGAUGCGGCGGAAACUGCGCCUGUGGCACAGAGCAUUGGAGGACAUGCACCUGCACAGCAGCUAAAACAGCCAUGAAGCUUUACGAGGUGCUGAAAUUUGCUCCAGAACCAGGUUAUUUCAGGAGAAGGAGCCGAACUAAGAGCAUGACGCUGGCUGAAAUUCACCUGGAACACCACGAGCAAUGCGAUUGUGUUUGCAACACCAAACCACCGCGAUGAAAGCACAAGCAAUGAGAAAUCUAUGUGACAUUUAACCUCUUCAGAUGGCCUUAUUUACCCCUGGCAAACAGACUUUGCUAUUGCGCUGCAUUGCAAAUGAGUACACAACUUGCUGUGCUUGAGUUAAACCUUUUGUUAAACUUGCAUUGUCUCGGCUGAAUGUUUUCUUUAAUAUCCUUCUAUGUAUUUGUAGCAAGAAUGUAGGAUAUUUAAGUCCCCCUGUUUUGCAAGACAAUCAAUGAAGCCAGUUCAACUGGUAUUCAUUUUUAAAAUGAGAUAAUGACCCCCAAAUUCACCUCACUCAGAAAGUGAUCCCAGGACUGUUAAUGAGCAUAUGACAAAAUAUAUUAUUAUUUAUUUUAUAUACUUUUUUUUUCAUUGUAAAAUAAAAUAAAUAAUAAUUGUGUCUAUAUUUGCGUACUCUGCAGUGGGAAGUUUUAAACGUGAUUUUAUAGUAGAAGAAUAUUGUUUAGGGUGGUGUUACAACAUAAUGAUAAUGCCAUAAUAUUUUUAUUGUCCCUUCAGUUGCUGGCAUUACUUUACGUAACAGCCCCGUAUUAACCAACCAUAUACAUUAUCGGAUUUGAUGAUGUGGGUAGGAAAGUAACUGACCUAUUGUAUUUAACGUGAGCAUUCUGUUUUCUAUUACGUUUCCAGCAGGUGGUCUUGGUUCUGGUUAGUUCAGAGUGUAACUAUGAAGUAAAGUGGUUUGGUCAAGUGGGUAAAAGAAAAAAAGAAAGCCGCUGACAGCUAUUUUUUGAAUCAUCGGAUUUGUCGGUUUUAUCUGCACUUCUAACAGCACAUCACCCCCAAAUAUCAGGUGAUUGAGACAGAAAGGACUGGGCCACCAACACUGCCAUGAACUCUUGGCUGUCCUUGAAGGUUCCCGCCAACCAAGUACCAACCUUGCAUAGGUCAAACAGAAUCAGCAUCCAAGGAGGCAAGACUGUGGUACUUUAUUGGACUGGGGUGGAAGGACAAGAUAUGUCGGAGAAAGAAAAAUGUAAAAAGAAGCAGGAAGAAAGAGAAGCACACCUGCAGUUAAGGAAUUAUAGAAACAACCUUGUUUAAAUCAAUGGAAGAUGCCAAUCAUUUUUACAUUUCAAUCUCAAUACAUACCUGUUCCAUAUUAAAAGGUAAUACAGAGGAUUAUCUGUACUCCAAGCUAAUCAAUAUCGACCCUGCUUUAAUCCUCUCUUUGGUUCCAGCAGUCAAGCAGCAAGCUAAUCUUACGCAGUACAAAUAGAUGUACAGUUCAGUGCUGCCACAUUUCUACUGUGUUAUCAUCUUCAUGAACUUUGCAAGACAGAUCAAAUGUCUGACAGUAUCUUGACACAGUAUCUUGCUCCAUGCUUUACUUUUCGUAAACAACUACAAGCUGGUUUCUGCUAAAGGUGGUUUACAACCCCAUUCAGUUUACAUGGUCUAAAUAUGAUUGUUAAAGCAAAACUUACUGAUGGUGUUGCACAUUGCAAUGAAAAUACAGUAUCAUACACAUUUUUUUUUUAUCUUGCAAGACCUUUUAUGUGCUCUUCUCCAAGUUUUCAAACAGAAUAUUGUUGUAAAUGUGGAUUGUCGGUCUGUCCGCCAACUGUCUGUAUGUUGCAUGUCCAGCUGUAAAUGAUUAAAGUUGCUUAGCACCUU